AUGUUAGCCCAAUUUGUGACUGCUGCUAAGGGCCUAUUCACGCGACAUCACGAAGAACACCCCGACCCAGAUACUGUUAAUCCUACCAACAUCGAAAUGGUGACAUCUACCCGACGUGGAGAGGUUGCGCCCAAUAUGUCUGCAAAUGGAAAGCGCAAGACCCGGCCUGCAAGCGCUGGAAAGCCCGAUGGUCAGGAAACCAAGCGCCAAAGAAGCAAGCCUCAGACUACGAACAAAUCUGCAGAUAUCUCGUCCGACUCGGAGAAGCCGUCCGAUGUGAAUGCGGCGAGUGCACCUGCGGGAAACAAGAUUCGAUUUGGUAGCGAGGAGCCUGAACCGAUCGAUACACAACCAGAAGAGAUCCCGGAAGCUUCGAUGGAAGAUGAAGAAGAUGAGGACAGCGACGAUGAUGCGCCAGAGACCAUCAACAACUCUGCCCAACUAUCGAAAAUGAAGGAACAGGCAAAGAAGCAAGAAGCAGCGAGACAAUUAGAGGAACAGCUGAAGAAAGAGAAGCGACGGAAACUUGACGAGCGUCGCAAGUUGCAGGCCAAGGCCAAGGAAGCCCAAGUUGACGACAUGAUGUCCGAAAGCACAACUACACUCCAAGGCGAAACCACUCAGGAUGCGCGACGUGCCGCUCUCCCCGCUCUGCUUCCCGACGAUAUUCUGAACGCUGAGCCCGUUAUUCGCCCACCCACACCCCCACUUGAAGAUCUCUUCGCCCUACCCAAAAAGUCAAAUAAGCUACGAUUCCUGGACAAGACAGACAAAAUCCCCAAGGAUGUCAAUAUGGGAGAUGUUUCCAUUCGCGUACUUGAUGCACCAUCCUCGCGAAAGACCUCCAAGCCUGCGUUACCCCCACGGGUGUCCAAGGUCGGACGUAACGUCAAGAGUAGCCUUCUCCAGAAGACCCGUACUACAGCGCGGGGCAACGGGCUCCAGAAGAAAGCAAGUGGCCCCGGAGGAUUUGUUCGUCGUUGA